GCGGGGAUUUCAAGGGGGAAAUGACUCUGAGGCGCCCGGACGCCACGUCGGGAGCCAAUCAGAAAGCGUGACGUCAGUUUGGCGCGGAGUUUGGCGGCCGGGGCUUACAGUGGCGGGAGUUGGAGGCUAUAACGGGUCGUGGUGUCAGGGGCGCCAGUUAACGAUUUCUGCUGAAUUUAGGGGGCAUUUUCACGGCUUUUUCCUCAGCUGAGCCUUUUCGCCUGGCCCAGAUGCUCUUCAAUUCGGUGCUCCGCCAGCCCCAGCUGGGCGUCCUGAGAAAUGGGUGGUCCUCACAUUAUCCGCUGCAGUCCCUCCUAACUGGCUAUCAGUGCAGCUGUCAUGAUGAGCACACAUCCUACGGAGAAACAGGAGUCCCAGUUCCUCCUUUUGGAUGCACCUUCUCUUCUGCUCCCAAUAUGGAGCAUAUAUUAGCAGUUGCCAAUGAAGAAGGCUUUGUUAGACUAUAUAAUACGGAAUCACAAACUAGCAGAAAGAAGUGCUUCAAAGAAUGGAUGGCUCACUGGAAUGCUGUCUUUGACCUGGCCUGGGUCCCUGGUGAACUUAAACUUGUUACGGCAGCAGGUGAUCAAACAGCCAAAUUUUGGGAUGUAAAGGCUGGUGAGCUGAUUGGAACAUGCAAAGGUCAUCAAUGCAGUCUCAAGUCUGUUGCGUUUUCUAAGUUUCAGAAAGCUGUGUUCUGUACAGGUGGAAGAGAUGGCAACAUUAUGGUCUGGGAUACCAGAUGCAACAAAAAAGAUGGAUUUUAUAGGCAAGUGAACCAAAUCAGUGGAGCUCAUAAUACCUCAGACAAGCAAACCCCUUCAAAGCCCAAGAAGAAACAGAAUUCCAAAGGGCUCGCUCCUUCUGUGGAUUUCCAGCAGAGCGUUACUGUGGUCCUUUUUCAAGAUGAGAAUACAUUAGUUUCAGCAGGAGCUGUGGAUGGGAUAAUCAAAAUAUGGGAUUUACGCAAGAAUUAUACUGCUUAUCGGCAAGAACCCGUAGCAUCCAAGUGUUUCUUGUACCCAGGGAGUAGCACUCGAAAACUAGGAUACUCCAGUCUGAUUUUGGAUUCUACUGGCUCUACUUUAUUUGCUAAUUGCACAGAUGAUAACAUCUACAUGUUCAAUAUGACUGGAUUAAAGGCCUCUCCAGUGGCUGUCUUCAGUGGACACCAGAACUCUACUUUUUAUGUAAAAUCAAGUCUUAGUCCAGAUGACCAGUUUUUACUCAGUGGUUCAAGUGAUGAAGCUGCCUACAUCUGGAAGGUCUCUGCACCCUGGCAUCCACCUACAGUGCUCCUGGGCCACUCUCAAGAGGUCACAUCGGUGUGCUGGUGUCCAUCUGACUUCACAAAGAUUGCUACCUGCUCUGAUGACAACACUUUAAAAAUCUGGCGCUUGAAUAGAGGCUUAGAGGAGAAACCAGGAGCAGAUAAACAUUCCAUAGUGGGUUGGGCCUCUCAGAAGAAGAAAGAGGCAAGAGCCAGCCUAGCAGUAACGAGCACCCAGAGCACUCCUGCCAAAGCCCCCAGAGUAAAGAGCAGCCCGGCCGCGUCCUCCCCAUCAUCCGCAGCCUGCACGCCAAGCUGUGCUGGAGACCUCCCUCUUCCCUCAAACACGCCCACGCUCUCCAUCAGAACCCCGCCCGCCUCGGGCCGCUCGCCCAUCCGAGGAAGAGGUGCCGUCUCCUCUGUCUCUCCCAAGCCACUCUCGUCUUUCAAGAUGUCGCUUAGAAACUGGGUGACUCGAACGCCUUCCUCAUCACCACCCAUCACUCCGCCUGCUUCUGAGACCAAGAUCGCGUCUCCGAGAAAAGCCCUCAUUCCCGUGAGCCAGAAGUCCUCUGCGGUAGACUCCUGCUCUGAGUCUAGAAAUAGAGUGAAGAGGCGACUGGACUCCAGCUGCCUGGAGAGCGUGAAGCAGAAGUGUGUGAAGAGCUGCAACUGUGUGACUGAGCUCGAUGGCCAAGUGGAGAAUCUUCAUUUGGAUCUGUGCUGCCUCACCAGUAACCAGGAAGACCUUAGUAAAGACUCUCUAGGGGCUGCCAAACCAAGCAAGAUGGAGGGAGCCACCACAAGCAUCUCCGAGCCUCCCUCUCCCGUCAGUCCUUUUGCUUCAGAAAGCUGUGCAGCGCUGCCUCUUCCUUUGAGACCAUGUGGAGAAGGGUCUGAAGUGGUGGGGAAAGAGAACAGCUCCCCAGAGAAUAAAAACUGGUUGUUAGCCAUGGCAGCCAAACGGAAGGCCGAGAACUCGUCUCCUCAAAGUCCAUCCUCCCAGACACCCGGUUCCAGGAGACAGAACGGAAAGACGUCACCAGGCCUGGUCACCAUCACUCCCAGCUCCAUGAGGAAAAUCUGUACAUACUUCCACAGAAAGUCCCAGGAUGACUUCUGUAGUCCUGAACAUUCAACAGAAUUAUAACUUAUGAGCUGAGUGAGUUAACUGAACUUUGGUCCACUAAA